UGACGCAUGCGCAACUGACCUUUGUCAGCCACCGUGUGUUUCCUCAGGAGCGACUGUACCGUGGGGUCUGCGCGCGACAGAACCAGGACUAGGACCGCGGGAAGGUGGACAGAAUCGGCUGUGGCUCUGAGAUGCCAAGCUGUGGUCCAUGGGGGUGAGCCGGCUAGAUGUCUUUUACCGAAGACUGCUCCUCACAAAACUCUUCAUCGGCGGAUGGGGAAAACCAGAAGAUCUGAAGAGAAUCUUUGAGUUCCGUAAGAUCGUUGGAGACCGGGAGAAGUGCAAGGCUCUGGUUUCAGAAGAUUAUCCAGUUCACAUCGACAAGACCGAAGAACAGGCUGACUGUCACAUCCACGAUGGCUUCUUCAUCUCUCCUCUGGAGCACUUGGUGCCAGGAAUCCUGCCCCCAGAGGCCAUUAAAGCCAGGUUCCAGUUUAUCGUUCCUAAGGUGUGGAAAAAGAACCGACCUGUGUGCAUCCAGCUAGCUGGAACUGGAGAUCAUUUCUUCUGGCGGAGGAGGACUCUGAUGGCCCGGCCCAUGAUCAAAGAGGCGGGGAUUGCUUCACUUCUUCUGGAGAAUCCAUAUUAUGGCUAUCGAAAACCCAAGGACCAGCUACGAUCCAGCCUGAAGAAUGUGUCAGACCUGUUUGUGAUGGGCGGGGCUCUCAUCCUGGAGUCGACGGCACUCCUCCGCUGGCUGGAGAGAGAAGGAUACUGGCCUCUGGGAAUGACUGGCAUCUCAAUGGGGGGAUAUAUGGCGUCUCUGGCGGUAACCAACUGGCCUAAACCAAUCCCCCUGGUUCCAUGUUUGUCCUGGUCCACUGCCUCCAGUGUGUUCACCACGGGAGUGCUGAGUAAAGCGGUGAACUGGUCUCAGCUGGAGAAGCAAUACGCAGUCAACUCUGUGUACGAGAAGGAGAUCAUACAGCUGCUGGAGUACUGCGGGGUGCGUCUCAUCCUGAAAUGGAUACACAUGUUCUCAUCCUCUGUUCGAUGUGCCUUAAAAAAGGCUGAUUCCUUUAAAAUGGGGCCCGAACCUUGGAGAAGAUCAAGUUCUUUGGACCUUGACAACUUCCCUGAGGGCUUUAGUAUGACUUCAGACCAGACCUUUAUUGCUGGCAGGUCUCCUGGAGUUGAUGGGGCCCAUAAUAGGCACCAGGCAGCAGACAGACGAUACCAUCUUGUGUCAGCUUUGGGCUACAGAGGAGCCAGCUCGGACCUGCCAUCAAGUUCUCCCAGACGAGAAAAGACGGAGUCGACCCGGUUCUGUCGGCCGUCCCUACAUGUGGAGUCCAUCAGCUUUAUGAAGGGCGUGAUGGAUGAGUGCACUCACAUGGCCAACUUCUCUGUCCCUGUAGACACCAGCCUCAUCAUUGUGGUCCAGGCCAAAGAGGAUGCCUACGUUCCUCGGGCCGGGGUCCUCAGUCUGCAGGAGAUCUGGCCGGGCUGUGAAGUCAGAUAUCUGAGCGGAGGGCACAUCAGUGCUUACCUGUUCAAGCAGAAUGUCUUCAGGCAGGCCAUCUACGACGCCUUCAACAGGUUCUGCCUGAAGUAUCCGAGUCUGCAGUAGCCUUGAAUCCAGGACUGGGGACUGGGGGGCACAAUGAAAGGAAUGGCUGACGAUCCAUGAUCUGAUGACGUUUUUAAACUAUUUGUACUCUAAUAAACCCACAAACGGACCA